ACAGUGGUGGUAAUUGGGCUGAUCAAACACAACAUGAAUCUACUUGGUCAAAAGCAGAUUCGAAUGAGCUCAAUCAGGAUCAUAUUAACAGUAUUUCAAACAGCGAAGAGGCUGUGCCGCAAAAUCGCAACCAAUAUAAUAAUCGUCGCAAUAAUGUUAAAAGCCAAUUUUCUACUUACGUUGGUAACUUAACACCUCCUGCAACUGAGGAAGAUCUUAGAGAAAUUUUCGAACAUACCGAUUGCCAGAUUGAAAAGGUUCGCUUGAUGUAUGAUCAACAAACUGGGGUUCAACGUACUUUUGCAUAUGUAGAAUUUAGUGAUGCUGCAUCACAAGAAGAGGCUAUUCUAUUAAAUGGCCAG